CACCGUUGUUUCCUUCAAAAUCGCUCACAGCAUUACCUUCUCACUACCCCAUUCUCGAAACUUCUUCCUGUUGACACCUCUCAUUUUCAGCACACUCUUUCUUGUUCCAGCUCUGCCUCUUAUUCUAUUUCAUCUAAACUCAAACCUCAAACGAAGAGCUCCGAUUUACAUAAACCAAGCCCCUAACGCAAACUCUGUUCACACGGUGGGUCAUGGCUAGCACUCCAAAGUAUGAAAUCGGAAUCACUGGAAGCAGCGAGUCUAACACAGACGUCGAAUUAAAUGUCUCUGUAGGCGACAAGCACUUUCGCAUCGACCUUUUCACCGCAAAUUUUGAAGCCGAUCCAAAAUUGCUAAAGACAUACCUGCGUCAUGUUGAACAGUCUGAUCCAACGUAUAUACCACAUUUGCCUGAGGAUCCUGAUUUGGAUGAAUUUAUCGAUCCUCUUGAGGAAUUCUACGACUGGGCCACGGAACCUUUUGCUGAGUUAUUCCGCGAAAUCCCGCCUUUGAAUCGAACUCGAUUGUACACGCUCCAAGACUGCCUGUUUCCUGAACAGUUCGUAUAUACCCUGCAGGUGGAUGGCGAUGAGUUGGUUCCAGUCCAGCGCGAUGGAUGCCCAAAUCGUCGUUUGGUUGGUGUGCUACUUCCUGCCUCCAAAACCCUCGACAAGUCUACGCUCCCAGUCUAUCGUCCUAAGGAUAUCCACGUGCGGCUUAACGACGAUGCAGUUGCCUUACCACCAAACCCCCGUAAGGUGUAUAUCAAGGGAAAGGAUGUCAGCUUUUUUAAGCAGAUACUGGCAGGAGACAUUGGCAUGACCGUUACAGAGCUUGCUACCUAUGCCAAAAUUCAUUCGGCAGAGCUUGGAGAAGACGUGCGCAUUUCCCGUCUUCUCGGGGUAGUAGAAGAUGAGCACACAUCAAGGAUCGUUGGACUACUACUGUCGUAUAUCGAUUGCGAGAACACGACACUGUCAUGUGCUGCAUAUGCUAGCGAGCACAUUUUACGCGAAAGAUGGCUGAAACAGAUAACGCAUUCUUUAAAAGAGCUUCAUACACACCAAAUCGUCUGGGGAGAUGCAAAGCCUGACAACGUUCUUAUCGACGUGCAUGAUGACGCAUAUUUGAUUGACUUUGGUGGUGGUUACACAAAUGGUUGGGUAGACAAGGAGUUAAUGAAUACUCAAGAAGGCGACUUGCAGGGUCUUCAGCGCAUUACGGCAUAUCUCGCUAGAUUGUCUGUAUGAUGAUAAUAUAGCUACUUCGAAACUGAACCUGACCAGUCUCGUGGUUUAUUAGAGAACCAUAUGUAGUACUCACGGGAUUAACUAGCCAAGUUAUUAUUUUAUUUGAGUUACGGUC